AUGUCGCCCAGUAGAAGAAGGUGUCCUCGGACGUGGGGUCUGUUGGCCACCGCUACCCUUUUAUUCGUUAUUUCAUCACCAACGACGACAAGUGCCAAUGAGAACACACACUAUUUACCACCGCUGGAAUGUGUCGACCCAUACGGAAGGCCACAGCGUUGUAUUCCGGAGUUUGAGAAUGCCGCCUAUCAGCUGCAGGUGGAAGCGACGAACACGUGUGGCGAGGAACAGAAUGGGACGAAUUUCUGCGUCCAGACGGGUUACUCGAACCGCAAGAGCUGCGACGUGUGCGAGCGGGGCCAGCAUUCGCCCCACUACCUUACCGACUUCCACGAUCCGAACCGACCGACCUGGUGGCAGUCGGAGACGAUGUUCGAGGGUGUCCAGUACCCGAACCAGGUCAACCUGACGCUCAAGCUGGGCAAGUCCUUCGACAUCACCUACAUUCGCAUCGUGUUCCACUCGCCGCGCCCGGAAUCGUUCGCGAUCUACAAGCGGGUAACACCGAACGGGCCGUGGACCCCGUACCAGUACUACAGCGCCACCUGCCGGGAUACGUACGGUCUGCCGGACUCGACCUCCGUCAUGAACGGCGAAGACGAGUCUCGGGCGCUCUGCACCAGCGAGUACAGUGACAUUUCGCCCCUCCGGGACGGUAAUAUCGCGUUCUCGUCGCUCGAGGGCCGCCCGUCCGCCAUCAACUUCGAUCACCACCUGGAGCUGCAGCAGUGGGUGACGGCCACCGACAUCCGCAUCACACUGGACCGUCUGAACACGUUCGGUGACGAGGUUUUCGGUGACGAGCAGGUGCUCAAGUCGUACUUCUACGCCAUCGCGGACAUCGCCGUGGGAGCGCGCUGCAAGUGCAACGGACAUGCGAGCGAGUGCACGACCAGCACCGGACUGGACGGCCACCGGACACGGGUCUGCAAGUGCAUGCACUACACCGACGGGCCCGACUGCGACCGCUGCCUGCCGUUCUAUAACGACGCGCCGUGGGGCCGAGCCACGUCCAAAAAUGUACACGAAUGUAAACCUUGCAACUGCAACGGGUACUCUACCAAGUGCUUCUUCGAUCGGCAUCUGUACAACCUGACCGGCCACGGGGGCCACUGUAUCGAUUGCGGUGCGAAUCGGGACGGACCGAACUGCGAGCGAUGCAAGGAGAACUUCUUCAUGCGCGAGGAUGGCUACUGCAUCAACUGCGGCUGCGAUUCGGUCGGCUCGAGGUCAUUGCAGUGUAAUGCGGAGGGCAAGUGUCAGUGCAAGCCGGGCGUAACGGGCGAGAAGUGUGAUCGAUGUGAUGCGAACUUCUUCAACUUCGGACCGCACGGUUGCCAACCGUGCAACUGCGAUGUGCGCGGAUCCCAUGACAACACCCCUUCCUGUGACCCGGUGACCGGUGUCUGUUCGUGCAAGGAGAACGUCGAGGGACGCCACUGUCGCGAAUGUCGGCUGGGAUACUUCAACCUGGAUGCGGAGAACAAGUUUGGCUGCACGCCGUGCUUCUGCUACGGCCAUACGCUGGAGUGUACGAGCGCGAACGGGUACUCGAUCGUGUCGACGACUUCCAACUUCAACAAGCACAAGGAAAAGUGGACGGCAGUGACGGACAGCGGCGUGCCGGUGGACGUGAAGUACAACUCGCACAGCCAAUCGAUCGGAGUCGGUGCAAACGGCCACCGCACGGUUUACUUCCUCGCCCCGGACCGAUUCCUCGGCGAUCAGCGAGCGUCCUACAACCGGUUGUUCAAGUUCCGGCUGCAAAUCGUCGGUCAGCCACGGGUCGAGGUCGGUGCGUACGAUGUCGUGCUGCAGAGUGGCAACAGCAGCAUCUCGCUGCCUAUCUUCGCCCAGAACCAGGGCAUGCCGAGCGAGGAAUCGCGCGAGUUCGCCUUCCGGCUGCACGAGAAUCCCGAGUACCUCUGGAACCCUUCGAACUCGGCGCGUGGUUUCAUGUCCAUCCUGAGCAACCUGACGGCCAUCAAGAUCCGUGCCAUCUACAGUAACCACGGUGAGGCGGUGCUGGAUGACGUCGAGCUGCAGACGGCCCAUCGAGGAGCGGCCGGCCGGCCAGCGACCUGGAUCGAACAGUGUACCUGCCCGGAAGGGUACCUCGGCCAGUUCUGUGAGUCUUGCGCCCCCGGGUACCGUCACAAUCCGGCCCGUGGAGGCCCCUUCAUGCCGUGCGUCCCGUGCGAUUGUAACAAACACGCGGAAAUCUGCGACUCCGAGACGGGACGGUGUAUCUGCCAGCACAAUACGGCCGGGGACACGUGCGAUCAGUGCGCGAAGGGAUACUAUGGCAAUGCGCUCGGCGGGACGCCUUAUGACUGCAAACGGUGUCCGUGUCCCAACAACGGUGCUUGCAUGCAGAUGGCCGGCGAUACAGUAAUGUGUCUGGAGUGUCCCGUUGGUUACUUCGGAUCACGAUGCGAACUCUGUUCCGAUGGAUACUACGGUGAUCCGACUGGAGUGUUUGGCUCCGUGCGGAUGUGUCAGCAGUGCGAUUGCAAUGGAAACGUCGACCCGAAUGCCGUUGGUAACUGCAACCGUACGACGGGCGAGUGUCUCAAGUGUAUCCACAACACGGCCGGACCUCACUGUGACCAGUGUUUGCCAGGACACUUUGGCGAUCCGCUGGCCGAACCGCACGGAAAUUGCGAGGAAUGUAGCUGUUAUCCUCGCGGGACGGAGCAAACGGAAAAGGGUAUCUCGAUCUGCGACCAGAUCAAUGGCAACUGCCACUGCAAACCGAACGUGAUUGGCAGGACGUGCAAUGAGUGUAAGAACGGCUACUGGAACAUCGUGUCGGGCAAUGGGUGCGAAAGCUGCAACUGCGACCCGGUAGGCAGUUUCAACUCGUCUUGCGACACCUUCACGGGUGAGUGUUUCUGCAAGCCGGGUGUGGUUGGCAAGAAGUGUGACAAAUGCGCUGCCGCACACUACGGCUUCUCGGAAGAAGGUUGUCACCCUUGCGAGUGCGAUCCAAGCGGUUCGAAGGGUUCGCAGUGCAACCAGUACGGUCAGUGUCCGUGCAAUGAGAAUGUCGAGGGUCGCCGGUGCGAUCGGUGCAAGGAGAACAAGUACGAUCGCCACCAGGGUUGUCUGGAUUGUCCUGCGUGUUACAACCUGGUGCAGGAUGCCGCAAACGCCCACCGUGCUAAGCUGGCAGAGCUGAAUCAGAUCUUGCAGGACAUCCAGUCAAAACCGAUCGUGAUCGACGACAGCGAGUUUGCCGGAAAGCUGUACGCCGUGCAGGAGAAGAUCGAAAUUCUCGUACAGGACGCGAAAAGUGGAUCGGGAGGAGGCGAGAAGACGCUAAAUGAGAUUUUGCGCGAACUAGAGAGCAGGCUGCAGGAGGUACAGAAGCUGCUGGACAACGCCGACCAAUCGCAGGAGGUAACGAAUCAUAAGAUCAGCAAGGGAGGCUACAAUGCGACUCUAGCGAACACCAAAAUUCAGGAUGCGCGUCGUCAACUGGACGGCGCCGUCGAGCUACUGCAAACCGAGGGCAAUACGGCACUGGCCCGCGCAAAGGAAAUCUCAGGCCACCUCGGCAAUCAGACGAACCAGAUCAGUGGCAUUUCGCGUGAGGCUCGUCAAUACGCGGACCGCUUCAAAGCGGAAGCCGAUGCCAACAUGAAGCAAGCGCAAGAGGCACACAAGAAGGCAUCGGAAGCGUUGAAAAAGGCAAAUGACAUGUUUAACCAGCAGGCGAACAUCACCAAGGAACUGGAUACGACCAUUUCCGGCGAGAUUGCACAGGCCCGGGAGAAGCUAAGCACUGUAUCGAAGCUGACCGAACAGGCACUAACGAGGGCGCGCGAAGUAAACGACGAGGCGCUGACUCUGUUCGCCACCGUCAAUCGAACGGCACCACCGAACAUCGACAUCAAUCAGAUCAAGAAGGAAGCAAGCGCUUACAAUCGAGAGGCCGACCGCAUUGCCGAUGAUCUGACCAGCAAGAUACACGACAACGCGAAACUACUCGACAGUGUCGAGGCAAAUAUUGAGUUAGCGGAAACGCUGUACGCUAGGGCACAGGUACAGAAAGACGACGCGGUGGAUGCACUCAAGCAGCUGCAGUACGCUAAAGAGCUGGCCGAGAAGGCGGUCGCAGAAGGGGAUGGUACGUUGAGGAAGGCAAACUACACGUACCACACGCUGGCGGGAUUCAAGAACCAGGUCGAGGAAUCGUCUAAGCGAGCGGAAGAUGCAUUGAAUCUGGUACCAAACAUCGAACGUCAAAUUGCAAACUCCCGCGAUCUGCUCCAACGCGCUGAAGAGGCGCUGAAUGCUGCUAGCCGCAAUGCAGAGGAUGCACGAAAAAAUGCUCAAGACGCCCAGGACAAAUAUGCCGAGGAAGCAUCGAAGCUUGCUGAGAAUAUCAAAAAGCGUGCCAACGCGACCAAGAACACUGCCCGCGAUCUGCACCAUGAAGCUGAUCAACUGAAUGGACGGCUGGCAAAAACGGACAAUCGUUUGGAAGAACGAGAGGCACAGAUCCGUAAGGAUCUAAACCUAACGAACGAAGCAAAGGAAAGAGUAGGCCAGGCAAAACGCAACUCGAACGAGGCUACAUCGCAGGUCGACAAAGCGAUGAAGGAAGUUAACCUCAUCAUGACCGAGUUGAACAAUUUGCGUGAAAUUGACGUAAAUAGUUUGGAUGACUUGGAACGUCGUCUUAGUGCCGCCGAAAAGGAGCUGGAAGACGCUCAGCUUACCAAACGAUUGAACAGCCUGACAGAGGCGAAGAACAUCCAGAACCAGAAUAUCCGGGGCUAUCAAAAGGAGCUGGACGAGCUGCGGCUCGAGGUUAAGAAUAUCGAGUUGAUCGCGAGCUCACUGCCAUCGGGCUGCUUCAAGCGUGCGCACUUGGAACCAUAAGUCGCCAAACGGCACGUUACGAUACGGCUCCUCUCCCUCGCCAAGAGUAGAGUUGAACAACCAAACGCUAGCGAACCUACUCAACAACCUUACAAACAAAAUGACAAAUGUGCCACAGCAACAAGCAAACAAACGAAACAAUACUAAAUACUAAUACUAGCCUUUAGAUCCAUAAAACAUGUCGGUGUUUCCCCUCUGCCCUGUGCUGUUCCCUUCGUCCUUCGCCGAGCAAAACUGUGCUAACCCAUUUCAUUACCUUUUAAUGUCGGUAAAAUAGAUUAUAAGCGAGUAGUAUUUAAUGGUGAAAAUGAUCGAUAGAUCAAUCAACGACUCAAACUAACAACACUAGCCAACUGACCGACCAUUCCCGGAAGUAACAAUACGUAGAAGGAUGGGAUAGAUACGACCCGCUGUUCCAAGCUUGGUGCUACACGAACUCCAGUGACUUAAGGGAACCAACCUACUCGACGCCUUCCUCCGCGGUGGAUGAUAACGUCCUUCUUGUAGGUUUUAGCCAACACCAAACGAUUCUAGAACAUCAAUAUCACUUCUCUACGGAACCUUUAGUUUCACACGCCCUUCUUAUUUUUCCUUUUUUGUUUUAUCUCUCAGGCACGAAGGACUUCAGCUUCACGCAGGACGCAAAGAAGAGUUAUUCGGGAUAAAAGAAUGAUUUAAUAAACGUACAAACAUUUAA